CUUCCUCCUCGCACACGCCAGGCACGAGACCAACACCCCCAGCGCACGCACUCCAAAUAGCGAGCCGAAGAGGGGCCGAGGCUACGAGUCCUCCACCUCUCCUCCGCCGCGUCGCUCGCGCUCCACGCACGCGCCGAGAGCCGAAUCGGAGCCGUGAGGCAGCCGCCCCCGGCGGAUCGACCUUAGGGCCAGGGCAUGGGCGGAGGGGACGGGGACGCCGACGCCGGCGGCGAGCCCGCGGCCGCGCAGGCCACGCUGCACAUCCGGUGCACCAACGGCUCCAAGUUCGCCGUGCGGGCCGACCUGGGCACCACCGUCGGGGCGUUCAAGGCGAUCGUCGCCGAGAGCUGCGACGUGCCGGCGCCGCAGCAGCGGCUGAUCUACAAGGGUCGGAUCUUGAAGGACGACCAAACCCUAGCCAGCUACGGUGUGGAGACAGACCAUACAAUCCACAUGGUACGUGGUGCUGCGCCACCACCAGCAUCUACUGCACCUGCAGCCAACCAAGAACCUACCACUGCUGCUCCUGCCAGUUCCCCGGCAGCAGGAUUGGGUGGCUUGUUACAAAGUCUGGGUGCUACAGGGGCUGCUGCUAACAGUGGGGGGUCAGGUUUGUUUGGAUCUGGCCUCCCUGAGUUAGACCAGAUGCAACAACAGCUAGCGGAAAAUCCGAACUUGAUGAGGGAAAUAAUGAAUAUGCCACUUAUGCAGAAUUUGAUGAACAGUCCUGAACUCAUACGCAGUAUAAUAAUGAACAAUCCUCAAAUGCGUGAGCUUAUUGAUCGCAAUCCAGAUCUUGCUCAUGUCCUCAAUGAUCCAAGCAUCAUGCGCCAGACUUUUGAAGCAGUUCGGAAUCCUGAACUCAUGAGGGAGAUGAUGCGGAACACAGACAGAGCCAUGAGCAACAUUGAAUCUUCUCCAGAAGGAUUCAACAUGCUCCGUCGCAUGUAUGAAACUGUCCAAGAGCCUUUUCUGAAUGCAACAACAAUGGGUAGCGAGGGUGAUCGAAACUCGAAUCCAUUUGCUGCUCUUCUAGGAAACCAGGGGUCUAACCAAGCAAGAGACUCAGCUGCAAAUGGAACAACUACAGCUUCAGACCCCACUUCAGGCUCUCCAGCUCCAAAUACUAAUCCACUUCCAAAUCCUUGGGGCCCAAAUGCUGGCUCUACCCAAGGAGCAGCAAGGUCCCCUCCUGCUAGCAACACUAGGAGUACCACAGCAAGUGGCCUAGGAGGGUUGGGUUCAGCAGAUUUGGGAAGUAUGCUUGGUGCCAGUGGUGGUGGCUCUGAUGCUACCUUCUUGACUCAAGUUUUGCAAAACCCAACUAUGAUGCAGAUGAUGCAAAACAUUAUGUCUAAUCCUCAGUCCAUGAAUCAGCUGCUUAAUAUGAAUCCAAAUGUACGUAACAUGAUGGAAUCCAAUACUCAAAUGAGAGAAAUGAUUCAGAAUCCAGAAUUUCUUCGCCAGUUGACGUCUCCUGAAACAUUGCAGCAAUUAAUUUCAUUCCAGCAGUCUUUGAUGUCACAACUUGGCCAACAACAAGCUGGACAGGAGCGGACACAAUCAGGCUCUGGUGCAGGCAAUGUCAACCUCAACACCUUGAUGAACAUGUUCAGCGGGCUUGGUGCUGGUGGUGGCCUAGGUGUUCCAAAUGCUCCUAAUGUGCCGCCAGAAGAACUGUAUGCAACACAAUUAGCUCAGCUCCAAGAAAUGGGUUUCUUUGACACACAGGAGAACAUCCGAGCCUUGGCCGCUACCGCUGGAAAUGUUCAUGCUGCAGUGGAGCGACUUCUUGGAAAUAUGGGCCAAUAGAAUAUGAUGAUGAUCAUAACUGUUUUGUAGUUGGCGUUGUGAGAUUAUGUUUGGUUCAUUGGUUUUACACCUGAGAUUCAGAGGCGGCAUCUAGAUUCUGUGUUUAAGGAUGAAUAAAGAGUGUACCGGUAGAACCUUUCAUAUACAUGUGGUCUGGUGUCAUGGUUAAAAUUGUUGUUGUUGGUACAUUGGGUUGCUGUACAUACACAUUGAUCUCUUGCAAUGUACAUGGACAAUGUCUUUCUGUACAAGAGGGUGGGGGUGGGGCAGGGAGAGGGAAUAUGUAGAGCAAACCAUGAGAACUCAUAAAAAAUUGUAUUUCGAUUGCUUAA